ACCAUUUAAAUCUCUCGCCUAGUCACAUUCACAGGGAUUUUCACAAGUCACAACAUAGCUUUCUAAUUUUUCUAUUUCUCGUGAAUCUCGUGAUAUUCAUUGCAGUUUUCACCGGUAUUUUAUAUCGUGCAUCAACAGAGACUUCAUAAUGGCAAACUGGCCAGCGAUCGGUUCCGUAAUCCUCCCCAACGUAGGCGGCUGGGUGAACGGCCUAUACUUCGCCGGUCAGAUCAAACGGGACAACAACGAGAAGACCUGGUACGAUGAGCUGAAGAAGUCGCCUUGCACCCCCCCUAAAUGGGUGUUCGGGCCGGCAUGGACAGUGCUUUACAGCGGCAUGGGAUACGCGUCGUAUCUGGUGUAUGAAGAGUGCGAUGGUUUCACACAGCGUGCCGUCCUCCCUCUGACGUUGUACGGAAGCCAGCUACUACUUAACUGGGCGUGGACGCCUAUCUUCUUCGGCCUUAAGGAUUUCAAACUGGCUUUCAUAGAAAUCGGCGUUCUCACCGGAGCGGCGACAAUCACCACAAUUUCAUUCGCUAGCGUAAACAAGACGGCUGGACUAAUAAUGCUGCCAUAUCUGGCUUGGCUGGGUUAUGCCUCUUAUUUAUCUUAUUACAUCUGGAAGAACAACCCUCAGCCCGCGAAGAUCACAGAGAUUAAAGACGAGAAGGAAAAGUAAAGAUAUCGACAUUUCACCAGUUAACUACGCUUCAGCCAUCGAACAGGUUCUAUUUUAGAUGCCUAUUUCUGCUAUAUGUCUUCUAGUAUACUAUUUAUAUUUCUGACAAUUUUAGAUGUGUACGAUUUGUGUCGAAAUGACGCAACGAACGGUUUUUAGAAAACCGAAUCUUGAUUAUACAUCUGUUCGUUGUACACAUGACACCGUAAGAUUGUGAAUCCGUUAGUUUAAAAUCGAACGUAGGUUAGUUUAGGUUAGUUUGUAAUCUCUCCCUAUCGUCAGUUAUUUAACUAGCGAGAUUCUAAACUGACGAGUGUUUACGAUUUUACGGUGACACAUACAGGAUGGCUAAAAAAUAAGUG